GUUGUGGUUGGUUGGUUGGUGAAAGUGGGGUUAUGUUAUUUUGAUUUUGCUAAGUUAGGAAGUGAAAAACAUAUAAAAAUGCCGAAUUGGGAUCAAAUUCAAGCGCAGUUAAAACACCCAGCGAACCCAGUUGUGUUUUUUGACAUUUCUGUUGGAACUACGGAGAUCGGCCGAAUGAUUUUUGAGUUAUUCGCAGACGCGGUCCCCAAGACCAGCGAUAAUUUUCGCCAAUUUUGCACCGGAGAAUUCAGAAAAGACGGCGUGCCAUUGGGUUAUAAGGGGGCUAGUUUUCACAGAGUUAUCAAAGAUUUUAUGAUUCAAGGGGGCGAUUUUGUCAAUGGUGAUGGUACCGGUGUUAUGAGCAUUUAUGGUGGCGGAACGUUUCCUGACGAAAAUUUUAAUCUUAGACAUGACGCUCCAGGGCUUUUAUCCAUGGCAAACAGUGGCAAGGACACCAACGGUUGUCAGUUUUUUAUAACUUGUGCUAAAUGUAAUUUUUUGGAUGGCAAACAUGUGGUUUUUGGACGUGUUAUUGACGGAUUACUUGUUAUGAGAAAAAUAGAAAAUGUACCCACAGGACCUAAUAAUAAGCCUAAAAUUCCAGUCACGAUUAUACAGUGUGGCCAAAUGUAGUAAAAUAAGUGUAAUAAUUUAAGAUUUUUUAAAUAAAAGCUCUAAAAUGUGAAUAAUUAA